UCUGCCAUUUCAACACUGGAAUCAAGUCGAGAAUCAUUGACUGAAGAGUUAACCUCGCUCAUGAACACCAAUGAGAAUCUUACUAAAGAGAAUAAACAACUUCAGCAUACUGGAAAAUCAUUUCAGGUAAGAAUGGUUAGGAAGGUUAAAGGUCUUGUAAUAUUAACCAAUCAUAACUCAAUUUUCAAUGCACAAAUAUGUGAGAUGAACAACUUUUCAUACUAUGUUAGCUACAAUCACAACAAGGACGACUAUCUUAAGAAAAAGACUUCACAUAGUAGGGUGCGAUGGUUUGGGAGACAACUAACAAAACAUGUACCUAACCAACACAGACUCAUACUAAGGAAUCAGUUUCAGAAGGUAGUUAGAUGUAUACAGAGACUUAAACUACAGAGAGGACGCAACAUAGUAAGAUACAAGUUUUACCUACUCAGGUUAACAAGCAUGAAUAGAAUAGAAUUGAGGCACCCUCCUGAGGACAUCAGCACAGAAAGAAUAGUUAACGAACUAGAGGACCGUCUGUACGGAAAAGUCUUUAUUGAUCUAGGAUGGAAGCCAGAAGGAUGUCAGUACUACGAUAGAUGGAUGGAGCGCACUGGAGGGGUCGUCAACUAAAUUAACCUUAAUAUAAAUAUAAUUAAAUAAACAUUAAUAUAAAUAUAAUUAAAUAAACCUUAAUAUAAUUAAAUACAAAUUAAUUCCAAAUUAAUUAAUCGGAAAAUACCCAAAUUUUUUUCGGUACAUAUAGUAUAGGAGAGCGAACGAAGAAUGAAUUCAACAAAAUUAGAGAUGAGCAUGGAAGAGUUAAUAGCACUUGGUAGUUACUUCGGUGGAAACAUACCAGAGGAUAGCGACGUACGAGUUCGAGAGAGAAGUGCAGGACUUUACAGAGGACCCUCAGCCUAUAAGGUCUAGAACUGGCGAGGAGUACAUAGUAACAAGACCACGUAAGAAGUUCGUGAGUAGUGCCACCCAGAAGAAGAGGGGUACAGCACCACAGUGGAAAUACACAGAGCGUCAAAGGGAAGCGGCCGAGUUGAUAGCCCUAGCCCAUGAUGGACUGAGAGGAACACCAGGAGUGCCGGAGUUCUCAGGUGGUACAGCGAAGACAGACUCGGAGAUCAUCCAGAGGGAAGUAGAAAAGUUAAAGGCAGAACGAAACCAAGUGGUACCGAAGAAGAGGGGCAGACCUCCAAAGGCUAACGUAGAGGGGGAACCCAAGAUACCAAAGAAGAGAGGCAGACCUCCAAAGGCCAAGGUAGAGGAAGAACCUAAGAUACCAAAGAAGAGGGGUAGACCAUCGAAGACAGUUGAACCAAAGAAAACGAUCUCCGAACCCAAGAAGAGAGAGACCGUAGCUGAAAGGCUACUAAGACAAAAUACAGCUGAACCCAAGAGACAAAGUGUAGCGGAUAGGUUCGGAGCGCAGAAACUGGUGAGACCCACAAUACCCGCAGACAGUGUGGUAACAAAGGUGGGGCCGGGUAGGUACAACAUAGAGGUGAACCUAAACAGAGAGAAACCCGUGAGGCCCACUAGGAAGGCACCUAACAUACCAGAGGGUGUGAGUCCAUGGAGACCAGUACCUAAGCCGAGGACAGUGUUCCCCAGGGAGAGGCCCAUACCGAAGCCUAGAACAAAGCUCCACAAGGAAAGACCAGUACCGAAGCCCCAGGACAAGGAUGCCCAAACCUGA